AUGGCAGAAGCUGAUUUUAAAAUGGUCUUGGAUCCUGCCGCGCAGGGGGUUGCUGAAGAGGAGAUAGCUAGCUCGGCUAGUGAUCCUGGGGAAGAAUCUGACAGCAGUAGCUCUAGCAGCAGCACUAGUUGUAGCAGCAACAGCAGCAGCAGUAGCAGCAGCCGCUGCUAUAAAAAGAAGAGAGUACCUGAGCCAUUCAAAAGGGCGGGGCGGGCUCCUUCUGGUACAAAUUUUGUGCAUAGGCUGCCUCAGGCAGUUAGAAAUCGUGUGCAGGCGCUCAGAAAUAUUCAAGAUGAAUGUGACAAGGUAGACGUCCUGUUCUUAAAGGCAAUUCAUGAUCUUGAAAGAAAAUAUGCGGAACUCAACAAGCCUUUGUACGAUAGGCGAUUUCAAAUCAUCAAUGCAGAAUAUGAGCCUACAGAAGAAGAAUGUGAAUGGAAUUCAGAGGAUGAGGAGUUCAGCAGUGAUGAGGAGGUGCAGGAUGACACCCCUAGUGAAAUGCCUCCCUUAGAAGGUGAGGAAGAGGAAGACCUUAAAGAAAAAUCUGAGGUGAAGGCUGAAGAGAAGGAAGUUCCUAAAAAUAUUUCUGAGAUAAAUGCUGAAGAGAAGGAAGUUCCUAUAGAAAUUGCUGAGGUAAAAGCUGAAGAAGAGGAAGUCCCUAAGGAAAUUGCCAAGGUAAAAUCUGAAGAGAAGGGAGUUCCUAAAGAAAUUCCUAAAGUAAAGGAUGAAGAAAAAUCAGAUUCUGAAGAUUGUAUGGAGAUGACAUCUGAAGUAAAAGAAGAUCCUAAAAGAGUUCCCCAGGCAAAGGCAGAAGAUAAACAACCUAAAGCAACAGAAGUUAAGACAAGGGCUAGAAUAAGGGAGUCUCAUAAAAGAAUUCCUGAGGAAAGGCUUAAGGAAAGAGUGAAUCUUAAAAGAGCAAGGAAGGGGAAGCCAAAAAGAGAAGAUCCUCCUAAAGGCGUUCCUGAUUAUUGGCUGACUGUUUUAAAGAAUGUUGACAAACUCGGGCCUAUGAUUCAGAAGUAUGAUGAGCCCAUUCUGAAGUUCUUGUCUGAUGUUAGCCUGAAAUUCUCAAAACCAGGCCAGCCUAUUAGUUACACCUUUGAAUUUCAAUUUCUACCCAACCCAUACUUCAGAAAUGAAAUGCUGAUGAAGACAUAUAUAAUAAAGUCAAAACCAGAUCACAAUGAUCCUUUCUUUUCUUGGGGAUGGGAAAUUGAAGAUUGUAAAGGCUGCAAGAUAGACUGGAGAAGAGGAAAGAAUGUUACUGUGACAACUACACAGAGUCACACAACCUCUACUGGAGAAAUUGAAAUCCAGACAAGAGUGGUUCCUAAUGCAUCAUUCUUCAAUUUCUUUAGUCCUCCUGAGAUUCCUAAGAUUGGAAAGCUGGAACCACCAGAAGAUGCUAUCCUUGAUGAGGACUUUGAAAUAGGUCAAAUUUUACAUGAUAAUGUCAUCCUGAAAUCGAUCUAUUACUAUACAGGUGAAGUCAAUGGCAUCUACUAUCAAGAUGGCAGAGAUUAUGGAAACAGAAAAUAUUGAAAACAAAAAAGAAGUUUACAGAUUUUUCAAGAAUCGUAAAUUUCAAUAAGUGAAGAAAGUUGAGAUAGACUUGGAAAAAAAGCCUUCCAUAUGAUAUGCUGUUAUUCCUCACAGUCUUGUGUUUUCCUAUUUUUUUAGCAGUCUGUUUAAAAUACUGUCCUUAAAACUGUCUAAGUAUCAGUUUAUUCCAACUAGCCUAUAGUAGUGUAAUGUUGAAAACAUGUAAACUAUUGUCAAUAAUCUAAAGCAUGUUAGUUUGGUGCUAGAGUGUUGAUUUUUGUGAAGUCAUGUUUCCUUUUAUCGUGUUCCUAUC